AUGGGCCGUCCGAACCGCGACCUGCAGGCCGCCGCCGACGAGACCGUCACCCCGCCCGCCGUCCUCGCCGCCAACCAGACGCUCGUGCGCGUCAUCCGGCCCGAGGGCAGCAACCUGUUUGUGUGCGCCCUGCCCAGCCAGAAGACGCUGGUGCUCGAGCUCGCCCAGCGCUUCCGCAACACCAUCUGGGUCAAGCGCGGCGGCUUCGCCCUGGCGGAGCGCUACGAGGACGGCGCGACUGACACCCGCGCGCAGGGCGAGAUGAUCAACAUUGUGCGCGCUGAAAAGGAGUGGCGCAAGAUGCCGUACUGGCCAAAGGAGUUUGCCAAGGCGGCAUACAAUCAGGACGACUCGGAAGAAGAAUCGACAGUAGGCAAGAUGCCACCCAGCGACUCGGAAGACGACUAG